CUAAAGUCAAAAUGUGCAACCUGGUACACGGAGAGAGCUCUGAGAACAGGGCAAGCACUGUGAGCGCUGGCUGUCGGUCUUCUGAGCGGCACAUGAGCAAUGAAGGAGAAAAUCUAGCCGGGUAUGAUAGUAAGAAUAUUAUGAGCGACAAGAAUGAGUCUUUGUGCACCGAUGACAAAGUUAAGCCACGAUUCUUCCAUUUCUUUGAACAUUCGCUGUAUAAUAUACAUCAGGAGAAGACUAUCGAUCGGUUUGGGAAUCUUUCGGAAAAAACCUCUUAUUCAUUCUUCGUGUCGGCUGGGAAGGCAACCACGCCAGUUAUUGAUAGACUUGGGAAUUUCGUUGCACAGUGAAUUUCAUUUAGAACAUGGAUUCUUUUUUUUCUGCCUUCACGCAUGGAAUUUAUGACUUCCCCUUUUAUGUAAAUUAGCAUGUUUCACGGAAUAAACUAUUGAAUGAG